GAGAAAGGAAAGUAUGGAUCAGAAUGCUGCUGCAGAGGAGCGUUGAGUGCCGCAGGCUCCAACUUACCGAGUUUGUUUUUAUAACUUGAUAAAGACACCGUACUGUUACUUUGAGUUUAAAGAUAGCUUACUAUUUUGUAUGUAGUUUAGUUUUAUAAAGUGAGCCAGCUCGUAUAUGUUGGUUUGAUUGUAUUGAAUGGUUAUCCUGUAUAAGUUAUCAAUACCUUCAUGGCGUUGAUAGCGAGUGAGUUAAACGGAACCGCGGUGAUUUACGGGAGAGUUGGCUCAAGAAGAGACGUGGUUCACGUCCCUGUGGACGGCUAUUUAACGAAUAAAAUGCAACCUAAGGAGGCGGAGUACACCACAGAGGGCUUACCGAAAGCCUUCCUGCACAGCCUGAGAACUCUUUUUGACAUUUUAGACGACGACAGGCGGGGAUAUGUCCACAUCUCGGAGAUAGAGAGCCGUUGGCAGGGCGCGGAUACUAGGGAGCUUCCCGGUGGAGCGCUGAGCUGCCUGAGGAGGGUCACCCCUCCGCAUGGCUGCCUCACCUUUGAGCGCUUCGUGGCCGGGCUGCGACACUCCAUGCUGAACCCUGAGAAUAAUUCCCACUUUAAGGCUCAGCAAGGUCAGAGGUAUCCCCAGAAGACAUGCAGUGUGGGACCCCGACUGGAGAACAAAGUCCGUCCGCUGGGCAACCUGACGAACACCCAGCGGGCGUCCUCCCUGCAGAGCCGAAACCGCCCGGAGGAGUCCGCUCGGUACGGCGCGGGCUUCCAGAGGUCCGGGCGGAGUUUGGAGCGGGUUCCCAUCGCUCCGGAGGACGGGUGUUACCCCGCCGACCCGGGCCAUGCUCCCAAACCCACACAGCCGCAGCAGAGCAGGCUCAGGAACAUCGACUCACUGGCGCUGGAGUCUCCACAGAUCCACGAAGCAUGUGUGAUGAAAUCAGGUUUGCCAAGAUCGCAGAGUGAAUCAGCUACAGGAUUAACUGGUGGGUCCAGGCGACAUGGGCGGAGCCGGGAAGAGCAUAGGAGGCAUACCAUUACCAAUGGAGUGGAUUAUGGAAUGCUGAAGCAAAUGAAGGAGUUGGAGCAGGAAAAGGAUUCGCUGCUGUCAGGCCUGGAAGUUGUAGAGCGGGCCCGCGAAUGGUACCAGGGCCAAAUCCACAAUGUCACAGAGAGGCAGAGACACCUCGGACAGAGCUCCCACUGCGCGGAAUUCAUUACGGAUGCCAGUCCAAGUCGCAUGAAUGUUCUGAUUCCCAAACUACAAGAGGUCAAUCGCUGCCUUAAUGACCUGAUCUCCUGCACUGGAAUGCCACCAUUUCCCAACGGCGGUGCUCAGACAGCAGUGCUCUCAGCAGGCUCUCAGCCGCCAGCCCCAGCUCCUCCACAAGCCAUUCAGAGACUAAAGGACCAGAACAGGCUUCUAACCCAGGAGGUGACGGAGAAGAGUGAGCGGAUUGCUCAGCUCGAACAGGAAAAGUCGGCUCUGAUAAAGCAGCUUUUUGAGGCGCGAGCUCGCAGUGCGCAGGACACCAGCACCAUGGAUUCCACCUUUAUUUGAUUAGCUUCAUCGUGUGAUUCAGUCAGAACAUCUGAAGGAGAGCUGAGAGAUUUUAGUUUACCUGAUUGAACAUUAAUGGCAGUAAUGCACCUUUUUAGGGACACAAAACAUCCCCGACUACAACAUGAGACCAAUCCACUACAAAUCAAAGCAAACGCUACCUGAAUGUAAGCACUCCUGACCUGGGGAUUAGAUGGUUAACGUUUAUUACACUACAGAAAAAACAAAACAAAAACAGAGCACUCUUCAAACCAGACAUGUCUCAUGAUCUCAGUCACUCCAGUUAUCCAAAGAUCAGCAUCUGGAAGAUCAGCACUCCCUCUCCUUAAAGACCUAUUUAUGUUUCUGCUGCUCAGCUUCACAAGGAACAAAACAUGAACCUAACUGUGAGCAAAGCUCAAAUAAAAUGGUACAGAAGAUUGUUUGGACAGUGGGGAUAUUUUAGGAAUAAAACGCCAUAUUGCAGUGGAUGAUAUAAGCUGCAACCCAUUGCUGUGACCUUAGUUAUACCUUUUUAGUUUCAUAUAAAAAAAAAAAUCAAUAUAGGAGAGAAAUUUUUGCUUUUGGUAUUUUCUUCCUUUUGAUGUCAAAUUAUAUUUCUAUAUGAUUUUUUGCAGUGUAUUUUUCCCCCUAAAACAUGUAUUUUAUAACAGUGUGUUCAAAGUUACAUGAAUCUUCUUCAACACAUGGGAUGUUAUUUUAAAGAAAGCCAUGGCAGUACAUUUCACCAUUUGUAGCAUCUCCCCCCAAAUGUAUUUAUAACCCAAAAUGUUCCAGAAUUACGCCUGGAUGGAUCAAAGGUGCAGCAGGAUUCAGAGUCUCAUCUUUUUCUUAAAUGAUUGAGGUUAUGGAUGUCAGGAUGACAUCAAUAACUCCUAAUUUAACCAGUAACGUAAACGGGGAGCAUAUAAAUGCCAAAAGUAACCACAAGAACAUUUCUGUACGCUCUACAGGAUUCAUUCAUUUAAAACCAACACAACCUAUAAAACCUAAAAGUGAUCAGGAGCCAAAAACAAGUAUCAAGUUUCACUUUGAGCCUGAACCAAACAAAAUGGACUAACUGCUUCACAUUUAACACACCAGACGACAAUGAGUGAAGGUUAGACUUCCACAUCCAAUUAUAUAAAACAUGAUUUAAGUUAUGAGCUUGACACAACCAGCAUUUAUUACUAAGAAUUUAGGAGCUUUCUGGUUUUCCAAAAUAAACAAAAUAUCAUCAA